AUGGAGCUAGCAACAUCAAGAGCAGGAGAGUACACAUUGUGGCCUACAGAUAAAGACCUUUUAGACUAUCUUAAAGAGAAAUCCAAGGGCGCAGCCCUGCCUUGUGAUGUGGUUAUCGAGCGUGAGAUUUAUGGGGUUGGCAACAAAGCCCCGUGGCAGAUUUUUAUCGAUGAAGAUCCAUGGGAUAUAUACAGAACCAAGGACAAGAAGCUAAAUAAAUGGAAAAGAGAAAGUACAAUCUAUGUUUUCACGACCUUAAUCAACGCCAUCGAAAAAGAGAGAGCUAGAACAGCCGGUUAUGGUUCAUGGAACGAAGAGACAGCUUCUGAACAAGUGGUGGAAGUAGACAAGGAUGCUCAUGUGAUAGGGUACAAGAGGAUGUUGUGCUUUCAGAUUACGAACGAAUCGGGAGUGAUGGACGAGAGUGUGGAAAAAGGCCACUGGAUCAUGCAUGAAUACUCUCUACGCGGCGGCGGUGGUAAUACUACGACUGGAAAAGGCGAAUAUGUUCUUUGUAGGAUAAAAAGAGACGGCUUAAAGAAUACCAAGAUAUCACCGAGGAAAGGAAAGAAUGUAGAGGCUGCUACAACUGAUGACGACCUUAUAGUUUCGAAACCCGCAAAGUAUUUUAGAACAGAGUUCAUGCAAGACUAG